AUGAGAAUAUGGGGUAUUUUACUAGUGCUAUGUAGAAUAAGAUCAAGAGUCACACUUAAAGAUCUUUUAGACCUGCAGAAAGUCGAAUUAGAAGCCAGAAAUGGAUGCAUAGUGGGCGUAAAUCCUUUAGGCCCACUAAAUCUGGUCCGGGGGUAUCUAUAUCACGAAAAUGGGCUAAUUCACAAUAAGCGUUUUUUUUCUCCUGAAAUAGACACAGAAUAUAGCCUGUCUCCCUGCACAGUUCAGAAUGAAAAGAAAAAAAAGGAAAAGCACAUAUACGAAAGAGAGCCAGUAAAAGACAAGUGCCGCCGCGCAUGCAGCAGCACAGAGAUAAAAGAGUAUGCCGAACAAUACCACAGCGCUCUUAUAAUGAUGUUUCCCUCUCCAAACGCCAACAUUGGAAUCGAGGUUGGGCGGGAUAACAGCUUCACGCGCUUUCUUCGCCAAGGAUGCACCAAAAAGCAAGCAAACUACAUUCUUGCUUCGCUUCUGCUUCUGAGCGAGGGGAUUGACAUAUACAUCUGCUGCACGGAGGGACUUGUUACGUUGAAAAAAAAAUACAACGGAGAAGAGCUACUUUCUGUGUCCACAAAAAUCAUUUCAAAUAGUGGCGAGGGCAAAAAAACUGCAUCUCCACAAAAGCAGGCUGCCUCUGUUAUCAACUUUAUAAAAAAGUGGCAGAAAACGCACUCUGAGCCAAGCAGUCUGGAAGAGUUUAAGACCGGUGAUUUUCUAAACAGCACGCAGUUCCUUGUGCACUCGUACAUAUUUGAAUACAUAGACGAAAAAACAGAUGCUGCAGAAAUUAUUCAAUGUGCGCACGAGCUGCUGGGCGACGCUUUGCAGUGCGCAACUGAACAAAAAGCAGUGCGCGGCGCAAAGAAAGGCAGAGUCUUUUCCAUGGAUAGAUUUUUCAUCCCGAAGGAAGAUGCCAAGAAAAAAGGCGUGUUUUUGGAGGAGCUUAAAAAAAUAGAAGUGAGCAUGAGAAAGUAUGCACGCCUCCCGUUUUCUAACUCAAGCCAGAUGCCUGAAUACAAGCAGAUUCCAAUGCACACGGGAAAAGAGGGCAUGCAAGAGACAGACGUAAAAAAAGCAUUUAGCAAUUGCGUGGAAACAUGCAUAUAUACGAUGUUUUGCUGCCUUGCGUACAAUCCGGACAAAGCAAGGUACUCCUUGGAUAAAGUGCCCAAUGCCAAAGGCCCACUGAAAAGCUUUUUUGGCAACCACACUGCGCCAGAUGGGAGAACAAGCAUAAGCACUCACCAAGAGUGGAAUGCUGUAGUUUCCCGCCUGCCCUGUAAGGAAAUUAUAUACAGGAGGAAAGAAAAAAACGAGCUGAUAACAGAUGCGUUAAAUAUCAUGCAGGUUAUAACCUACAUUACGGGAAGGCUUGAAAAAAAAGAAGAGAAGGCCAGAAUGAACAUGCUCUUGGAGAGGGUGCGAACAAAAAACAUCAAAGACACGAGCUUGUGCAAAGACAUAACAGAGUAUGUUGUUGAGACUCUUCAGGUACUAUCUGUCAACCCGUGCAUUGAGGUGUUCUGCGAACACCUUUCAAUAGAAAAAGACACCAAGAGCUCUAGCAUGGUUGUGCUGGGAAAAAUCAUUCUGAAGUGCAAAUUCAAAGGCAUAACCCAAAGCAUGGUAAUUUCGCUAAAAAAUGGACAUGCGGGCUGUGCGCUUGUUCCAAAAAGCAUAGAUAUUAAAGAAGAAGAGAAAACGGCACUUGAAAAGACAAGGUCUGUUUAUGCGAAAAGCAGCGCCUUUGCCGAAAUGCUGUUUUUACAAUACAUAGAGAACAUUUGGAUUAAGUCGGAAUAUGAGCCUAAAGAAGUAAUAGGCCCAGAAGUAAACAGCAUUCUUGAUGCAGCAAUGCAACGCUCUCUGCCCAGCAUAAACAGACUGUUUAUGAUGAAGGAGUUGCAGCAUGAUAGCUUUAGAAGAAACUUGUGUGCACACAUUCCCAUGUAUGGGAGAGAAAAGGGGUUCAGCGCGACCAAAGAAAGCCCAGUUACUUGGCUGGUUUCAAAUUUUCUGGGCAGCCUUCCGCUGGACGACGACAGCAUAGAAAAAAGCGUGCUCAGCGUGUUUAUAUUUACAAACCAGCUAAAGACGCUCUAUAGCAGGAUAAAUCUAAGCGAGCAGAAGUACCUGGAACUGCUUGAGGGUUCAUUUUUCACUGGGUGCGCAGCAGUAAACAACGCAAAGUACACACAGUAUUUGCCUGUUGUUUUGGAAAGAAUAGCUGGGUAUGCAGAGGAAGAAAGAAAGCCUCUCAAAACGUGUUUCGCGAUAAAUGACCCAAGAUCCAUAACCUUUUUGUUCGAUUGCUUAUUUAGGGACGCAACACUAGAGCAUGCAAAUAAGCUGAACGCCAUCAUUGACCAGCAGUGCGGGGAGGAGAGUCAUAAAAAAAAGAGCCUGUUGGGUGUUGUAUGGUUUAUUAUGGCCUGCGUAACAAAGGAAUACCCCAGAAACCUAAUUAAAGACCUGUACCUUGCCAUGGAUCUAGAUGCAUGCGAUAGAGAGCAUAAGGUUUUUGAGUACCUAUGCAAGAAAAUAUAUGCUCUUAGAGUUAGACUAAAGGUCAGAAAUAGUACAAUAGAGUUCUACGACUCAAACAAAAAAUUUGCGGAAAUAAUUGGCAUUGUUGAGACAUGCACAUCUAUGAGGAAAUACCCGAAUAACAAUUUUGCUAUACAUUACAGAUAA